GUCCUUUUGACAGGCUUUCAUCACAAAGCAAAAUAGCGAAUGAGUGGCGGUGGAGCUGCAGCUGGAUUGGCGCUGCUGCGCGACCAUGCAAUCUUCACGGGCCUGGUCGCCAACCCGACCACCGACGAGACUCCCGUCAGCGUGCUGCCGAGCGCGAUUGCCGAGCACGACGGGUCGCUGUUCGUCUGGGACGCCGCGAGCCAAGCGCUGCGUGUCGCCAGUCUCAAUGCUGCGAUCUCGCCAUCGGCCACACGGUCGUCCUCCACCCAAGCAGCCGCGGUCCAGCCGACUGCCUCGCAAGCAUCAUCCAUGGCACCGCUGACGGGCUUGGUGACUGGCGCAUCGAGCAGCAGCAGCAGCAGCAGCACCAGCGCAAGCAGCAGCAGCUCAAGUCCGCCGACCAGUGGUGGAGGAUCGUACCAGAUUCUUGCGGCGCUCAAACCGCCAUCCUUCCACGUCCACUCGAUCUCGGUCAAUGCGCCCGGAACGCACGCGCUGCUGUAUGGCGACCAUGGUAUUGCCGUCAUGGAGCUGCCAACCAAGUCUGGUGGCCAGUUCCUGCGGUUUCCGUCGGGCGCAUAUGCUGGCGCCAACGCGCCGUCGGUGCUGCCGAACGGAUCCAGCGUCGUUCCUGACAAUCGUGUGUUUUGCAUUGGCGAAAAGUUUUUCAACAGCCACCGCUCCGUCGCUGUUCGGGAGGUGAAGUGGCACCCGCUGAGUGGUGAUCAGCUGCAUAUCAUGGUUCUUUCGACCGAUAAUCGAUUACGGUUGUACGAUCUUCGGCAGCCCGCUGUGGAAGAGCUGCUUGUUACCCUGCGAGAUCCUAGUGCCGAUGAUGAUGUAUCACUCGAUUCUGCGACGCGAUCGACGCGCAAGGCGGGCUUGAAUGCGAACGGGGACUUUUCCUCGCGCUCCUUCUUGGGCUUGUCCAAUUUCAACAUUGUUUCGUUUGAUUUUGGGCCUCAAGAUGGUUGGGGUUAUUUUACCAUCUUUUGUCUUGCAAGUGAUGGAACUGUCUUCAGCCUGUGUCCGGUCGUGCCGAAACAAUGUCUCUUGCCACGGACGACCGUCUCCGUGCUAUUGGCCACCGUGCGGUUGCGGCUCGAGCAAUUCCUGGAACAAAGCAACGACCGCGAAAUGUCGCCUGGAGAAGCAAUGUAUCGGCUUCAGAUUGAUUGGCUCGAGUGCUUGCUUGCACGCGGAGUCCCCAUGCUGUCGCACCUGCUCGGCCCGAACGAGUCGAAGGAUUUGGGCGGAUUGUCGUUCGACGACAAGCAAGACAGUGUCCUGAACCAUCUUGAGCAGCUCUACGUGUUUUCAGCGCCUGGCAACGAAUGCACGGCUGCACGAAGCAGCCUGCUUUUGCAGGGCCCCUUCUUGAGGCAACAGUCGCAUGGCUCUGAUAACUUUGGCAUCGAGGACGACGCUUGCUCGCUUGCAUGCCUCAAGUCGUUACCGACCACGCUGGUGGUCGCUCACGACCGUGGCCAUCUUUUGUCGUGUAUUCUCGAGGACGACCUUGAGGCGCAAUGGGCCAUUGAUGCCUUUGGUGACUUUGAGGACACGAUGCAUCUCAUUCGAAACCCCAGCUUGCGUGUCUACGAGCGAGUUGAUUUGUUCACGGCUCAGCAACGGUCGGCUCUGCUCGACGCUGCCGCAAACGUUCGAGGGCAGCAAACCCAGAGCACGCCGCAUCCGGCUCGAACACCUGGCUCUGGUCGAACUCCGUCACUUCCCGCACCUGCGUCGGCGCGGUUGACUGGUAUCAAUCGCUCGGCGCUGCUGCAAGUCCGAAUGGUGCUCGAUCCGCUCCGGCCGCAUCGACUCGUUGUGUACCAUGCGCUUGGAUUGCAUCGGCUGAUGUUCCAUUGGCACGAAGCGAUGGCAAGCUACCUGAACGACGAUUCCGAGCAGCCCGACACGAUUGACUUGGCUCCAACGGCAGUUCACCAAGUGAUUAAUACCUGGGGAUUGCCAGCGCCAGGAUCGCUUCCUUCUCCUGUGAUUGGCGUCAGCAUUGUCUCUGUGCCAUCGGUCGGGGACUUGCUGGUCGCUUUGACCAGCCAACCAGACGACGCAGACCCGACUUUGGCAUCCAGCUUAGCGCCUCGGGCGUUUGUAGAAGGCGUUGUCGUCCGCCAGCUGGUGACCGAACAGCUGCGCUUGUCGUCGUCGGCGCAACUGGCGCUCCCUUCAAGCAAAACCAUCACCCCCUCCAAGACUCUUGCGCCCGUUCGUGACGGCUCGGCGCGGUCUAUUGCCGACGAAAUCCGCGAACUCCUUCAGGGCAAGGCCAGCGUUCGCCUUCCAACCUUUGCUGGUACGAAAGGCGCUGGUGUCACUGAAGACUCGCUCAAGUUCUUGAUCGAAGCUUUCGAACAACUCGAGCACGGCUAUUUGAAGGAUAUUGAGCGCGCCAAAGAAAAAAUUCAACACCAUGCCCAAAGCUUGGAGGUCAAGCAGAAGCACCAAGACACGGAAAUUAGCAAGCUGAAGGAGCAAAUUGAGCAAACACGCCAGGCAGCCAAAAAGAGCGUUGCCAAUUGUGCCCAGUUGCUCGACGAGCAAAAACACAUCUCGACGAAAUUCAAUGCCAUCCUUGAAAUUGUCUCGCUGACUUCUCCAGUGCUGUCCGAGGAAGAGCAACAGUACACGGCUGAUCUCGAAGGCUUGCAGUCCACUCUGACGCAGAUGCAAGCCCGUAUGAAUGAUGCCAAGGCGCGAGUGCAAGCUCUCGUUCAAAGCCGUGCAUCAGAAACCGAGGCGGCAGUACAAGUGGCGGCCGACUUGGAAGUGAAUCAAGACAUUCAAGACCGAAUCAAGCCCGUUCUGGCCCAGACGAACUUGGACAUCAAGGAAGCUCAACGAAAGCUCAACUCACUUCAAAACCAAGCACAGCGGUGGUUGUAGUGACUUUGAAGCUUUAGUAUGAAAACAU